AACGGUGCAACUACCAUUAUUAUUAUUAUGACGAAAGAGUGCAAAUGGAAAAUUAACAUCCGUUUUUCUUAUGUACUGAAUCUGAAUUCGAAUGAAUACGAAAAUGUGUGUUUACUAUUUAUACUAUACUCCGUACUAUUCUAUUCUAUGGUCAUGUCUGUCUGUCGUGUAUGAGAUGAGAAGCAAUCCAAACAAAAAGAAUGUUGAGAUUUUGGGAAUGAAUUCUAAGCCUCUUCAACUUUAGCUUUCCCCUUUGGAUCAGCAGCACCAGCUUCACAUUCAGCACCAAGACCAAAGUCGACUGUGGCCUUCAAAAGGGCCGGCUCAUCAAACUCAGAGGAAGAAGAUUCACCACCGUAGCGUGUUGAGGGCCCACCGUAGCUUGUUGAGGGCCCACCUGGCAAGGAAAUGCCUGUCAGCUCCGCCGGCUCGGCACGGAUAGAGGAGCCCUUAAUCUGCAAUCCCGGGACGACCCUGCUCCCUCCGCCGUCGUGAUGGUCCACGAAGACGAUGACCACCGUGAUGUCGUCGUGAUGAACCCUCCUCUGCCCCUUCCCCAGGGCCUUGAUCUGGUCAUACCUAAGGCCGGCCUUCGUCGCCGCCUCGCUCAGAGCAAUCCUGAUCAGCCCGCGGGCGAUGCCCGGUCUGGGGCUCCCAUGCACGAUCUCCGCGGCCCGUUGACCCAUCAGGUGCUCCCACAGCCCGUCCGAAGCGAAGAUGAUGAACUUGUCGUCGGGCGUCAGCUGCCUUUUGAACACGGUCGGGUCAGAUCUCAAUAUGGGCCGGGUAAGGGCUUCUCCCAAAUGGAAUCUCGGGUGCUCUGGCCCGAGUGCGAACUCUUGCCUCUUCAGAUAUGCAUCCCCUAUGGACCGAGUUAUCUGAUAAGAAUCCAGCAGUAGAAAGAAGCAUUCAUUAACAAAGAACCCCAUUUCAAGAAAGUACUGUAUAAUAAUAAUAAUAAUACAUACGUAGUACAAUACGUAAUACUCCCUCCGUCCUAUAUUUAACUCCGGUUUUGACCGGGCACGGGUUUUAAGAUAGUGAGAUUUGUGUGGUGGAGAGUUAUGCAGAGGAGAGAGAAAUGUGUAAGAAUGGUUAUGAACCACAUAUUCUUUACCAAAAAGGGAAAAAGAAGAUAAAUUUGGGACGGACCGAAAAGGAAAGAAUGAAGAUAAUUCCGGGAAGGAGUGAGUAAUAAGAAGGAAGAAGGAAAAAUUAUAAUACCUGAAUGAUGCCCUUAACACGCCAAGCGCCGUUCUUGAAAAUGAUAAUUUUAGGAUCACCAGGAUGGAGGGAUUUCAAUUCUUCCCUAACCUGAACGGAAGAGGCAUUGUGUUCAUAGGUCAACUGAUCAGCAAACAUUUGCUUGGUUUUUUUGUUGAGAACGCCAACGACAGCCCCAGAAUCCCCAAGGUUAGCGACCAGUAGUGUCCCUUCCUAGAUCAGUCCCACCACACAGCAUGACCCAUUUGCAGUGUUGGAGGUAUUGGUCCUACCAAGGCCUCCCUUCCACUUUAUUUGUUGAGGCUUGCACCCUAUUGUUUUACUCCCACUUUGGUACCUUUUCUUUGGUAUAUAUCCUGAUCAAAUAUAUACCUAUUUUGAGCGGUUGACUUAAUCCACUUGGCUGGCCCCUUCUCUGCUUCCUGUCCGCUGCACUCUUUGUCUGGCAGCCUGUGAGCCUUUUCUUUGUAUUGGCUCUCACCCGUGACUUCCUUCUGGCCGUUGCUAUUAUUUAGAGGCCUUGGCCUCUUCCUGUGAAAGUAGCCUGCGUAAGUUUGUUCCAGAGAGCAGUGCUCUCUUCUUCUCUUUCCCUUUAUGUGAGAAUAGAGAGAGGGUCUUAGUGGUGAGAAGAAAAAUUAGAGUGUGCAAAAGCCUCCCCUAGAGUGGUGUGUGAGAGUGUGUGGAGAUAGACCUGAGCCGGAGAUGGAUAUACGGUCCUAACAGUGGUAUCAAAGACAGGUUCCGCCGUCUGCCGCCGCCGCUGUCCACCGCCAUCCGUCGCCAUCCGUCAAUUUGAGGUCCUGGAGGUCAUCAGUCGUCCACUGAACCCUCGCUUGGUGCCGUUGCCUCCUGUUCACCUAGAAUACGGUUCCCCUCGCCAUCAGCCGUCGAGUUCGAAGCUGGAGCCAUCGUCUGCCUGAGAGCCGUCACCGGAAAGCUCGCGGAUUGAAAACUGCCAAUCUCGUGGUCGUUGAAAUCUCUGCUGGAGCCGCCGUCCGUAGCUGGAGCCGCUGUCGCAGGGAAGGUGCUCGCCGGUCUCCGUUCGUCGCUGGUCUGCAGAAACGCAGGUCGCAGAAGACUGAGACGAAGCAGAGAGAACGCAGAGGCUUGGACUUGGGUUCUUUUUUGGGCCUCUGGACCUGGGCUGUUCAUUUUGUAGUGCUGGAGCUGCUGGGCUGACUUUGGGUCUGGUGGACUGCUUCUGGAACUAAAGGAGCUAUUGACUGGGCCAUCUAAACUGGAGCUGGGCUGCUGACCUGCUGGAUUUGGGCUGCCAAGCUACUGGACCUGGACUGACCUGCCGGUCAACGCCGGUCAACACCGAUCAACAGUCAGUCAACAGUCAGAAAAAUCCCAAUUUUUAAAUUGGGUAGGUAAGGUCGAAACCCUCUCCUAGGGUUUCGCUAAGGUAAAUUGGCGACAAACACCCUAGGUGCACUGGGUGCCUCCAGAUUUAAUUUAUUCCCCCUCCUCGCGGGCCGCCGGUAGAUUGUAUCCCGGCCGCCAACCCCCCAGGUGCAUUUGUUAAACCCUCUCCUUUGUGGCAGAUUGUUUAGUUGUUUAAAUUGAAUUGCAUAGUGUUGUUAAUUUCAAUUCUUGUGCGUAGGGGUGGUUUAUUGGGUGUUAGGGGUAGAAUUAAUUAAUGUUAACUGCUGCCCGGAGUUGUUUUAUGUGCCAAACUGUCCAUAUUUGCUAUUUGUUGCAUGCUGCCCGGGGUUAUUAAAGUGUAUACUUUAUAGCCCGGGUUGGAUUAUUUUCUGUCAAAUUUGUCUGUUUAGCUUUGUGUUGUUUUGUGGUUGAUACCAUGGCUGUUAAUCAGUAUGGUAUGCUUCCAUUUAAUGGAAAAACAGAUUUUGAUAUUUGGAAACAGAAAAUUAAGUGUGUUUUAAUACAACAAAAAGUUUUCAGAGCUGUCACUGGUAUUUUCCUUGAAUCAGAAGAUAAGGCUAAGCAAAUUGAAAUGAACGAAACUGCUUGUUCUACUAUUUACUUGAAUCUGUCUGAUUUUGUGCUUAGGAAAGUGGGUAUUCUUGAGUCCGCUAAGGAAUUGUGGGAUAAAUUGGAUAGUCUCUAUACUGAUACCUCUUUACCCGGGAAGUUGUUUUUACUUGAGAAAUUCUUUAGGUUUAGGCUUGACCUGACUAAGGAUAUAGAUGAGAACCUGGAUGUGUUUAAUAAACUGAUACAGAAUAUCAAACAGGCAGGUGAUAAACACAUAGACGAUUAUACUCCCAUAGUAUUACUUAAUGUCAUUCCCGACUCUUAUAAUGAUGUUAAGUCCGCUAUUAAGUAUGGUAUGGAUGAGAUUUCGUUAGAUAUUGUUGUUAAUGGGUUAAGGAGUAAGGAAUUAGACCUGAAGCAUGCUAGGGGUAGUGCUAGUCAGUCCAGGGACUCCGGUGAGGCUAUGUUUGUUAGAGGUAGAUCUAAGGGUAGGUCUAAGAACUCUAAGCAAAAUAGUCAAAGUAAGAACACUAGUCAGCCUGGGAGAAAGAGGAGCAAAUCUAGGAAGAGAGUGUGUUACAAGUGUGGUAACGCUGACCAUUUCAUUAAGGAUUGCCCUAAACCUAAGAAGACCGAGCAUGCUAGUGUAGCUGUUGAUAAAUGUGACCUUGGUGAUAUUUUGAUGGUUUGUGACCAUGUUAAUUCUGUGCGUAAUUCCCUGUCUGAUCAUGAAUUGUUGAUUGACUCUGAUUGUACCUAUCACAUGUCCCCCUUUAGAGAUUUGUUUUCUACAUAUGAAUUAUGUGAUAGUGGCUAUGUUUCCUUAGCUGAUAAUAAGAGAUGCAAUGUGCUUGGUGUUGGUGAUAUAUGUCUGAAGUUUUCUUGUGGCUCUGUGUUUACCAUUAAGAAUGUGAGGCAUGUCCCUGAUUUGUGUCAUAACUUGUUAUCUGUUGCUGCUUUGGAGAGUAGUGGUUUACAGGGAAAGUGGGGGAAUGGUUGCAUGAAAAUCUUGAAAAAUUCUCUUGUGUUGUUUAAAGCUGAGAAGGUGAAUAACCUUUAUGUGUGUCAUGCUAAACCUUUUACUGAGUCUGUGAAUGUUGUAUGUUCUGAUAAGACCUCUUUGUGGCAUAAUAGGCUAGGACAUAUGAGCAAUAAGGGUUUAGAUGUCAUGCGUAGGGCUGGUUAUUUUGGUAAGGACUCUGUGACUUCUGUGCCUUUCUGUGAAUCUUGUGUGUUAGGCAAGCAACAUAGGGUCAGCUUCCCUCCAUCCUCUUACCCUAAUCUGUCUAAGUGUUCGUUUGUGCUUGAAUAUGUUCAUGCCGAUGUUUGGGGUCCUGCCAGUGUUCCUACCCACGGAGGUAGGAAAUAUUUCCUUUCUAUUAUUGAUGAUUUCUCUAGGAAGGUGUGGGUUUGCCUUUUAGAACACAAGUCUGAUGUGUUUGUGAGGUUUAGGGAGUGGAAAACCCUAGUUGAAAACCAAACUGGUAGGAAGGUUAAAACCCUUAGGACCGAUAACGGGUUAGAGUUCUGUAAUAAGGAGAUGGAUAAGUUGUGUGUGGAUUGUGGGAUAAAAAGGCACAAAACUUUGCCUUAUACUUCCCAACAGAAUGGGAUAGCAGAGAGAAUGAAUAGGUCUCUGUUGGAUAAGGUUAGAAGCAUGUUAGCUACCUCUGGUUUGUCUAAGAAAUUCUGGGGUGAAGCAGUUACUACUGCUGCCUAUUUGGUUAAUAGGUCCCCGUCUGUCCCUCUUGGUGGUAAGUGUCCUGAAGCCGUCUUUACCGGUAAGCCUCUUGAUCUGUCUAACCUUCGGGUGUUUGGUUGUGCAGCGUAUGCACAUCA